UUUUUUUUUUUUUUUUAUAUUUCUCCCUUCUCCUUUCCAUUUUUUUUUACCAAACAUACUCUCCCUUCGCUUCUUAUAAUAGACACUUUUUUUGAAAAAAAGUUUUCUUUAUCUCUCUCUCUCUCAAUCUACGUACAACCGUCAUGGCUGAAGAACAUACAAAAGUGGAAGUUUCUGAUACUCCCCAACAACAAAAAAUCAAUGGCGAUUUGAACACUUUGACCGUCGAAGAACUUUACGACAAGGAAAAAUUUGAUCUUUCCACCAUGGAUCAUACUGAUUGUAUGACUCUUUUAAAGACUUCCAAGGAUGGUUUGACUUCUGAUGAAGCUGCUCGUCGUAUUGAAAAGUUUGGUCGUAACAAACUCGAAACCAAGGAAGUGAAUCCUAUCUUGCAAUUCUUGGGUUUCAUGUGGAAUCCUCUUUCUUGGGUAAUGGAAGCUGCUGCUAUUGUUGCUAUUGCUCUUUCUAAUGGUUUUGGUCAACCUCCUGAUUAUCCUGAUUUCAUUGGUAUUGUCCUUUUGCUUUUGGCUAACUCUGUUAUUGGUUUUAUGGAAGAACGUCAAGCUGGUAAUGCUGUCAAGGCUUUGAUGGAAGCUCUUGCUCCUGAAUGUAAGGUGCGUCGUGAUGGUGAAUGGAAAACUAUGGAAGCUGCUGAACUUGUUCCUGGUGAUAUCAUUGCUUGUAAAUUGGGUGAUGUUGUCCCUGCUGAUGGUCGUCUUAUUGCUGCUCAUGGUCAAGUUUCUAUUGAUCAAGCUGCUUUGACUGGUGAAUCUCUUCCCGUUACAAAGGAUGCUGGUGAUGAAGUUUUCUCUGGUUCCACUGUGAAACAAGGUGAAGCUGAAGCUGUUGUUAUUGGUACUGGUCUUAAUACUUUCUUCGGUCGUGCUGCCAAGCUCGUUGGUGAUGCUGGUGAUGAUGUUGGCCAUCUUCAACAAAUUCUUGCUUCUAUUGGUAACUUCUGUUUGUGUACCAUUGGUCUUUUCUUGGUGAUUGUUCUUAUUGUUCAAUAUGCUGCUUUCCAUUACGAUUAUCGUCGUGGUAUUGAUAACAUCCUUGUCUUGCUCAUUGGUGGUAUUCCCAUUGCUAUGCCUACUGUCUUGUCCGUCACUCUUGCUAUCGGUGCUAAACAAUUGGCUGAACACAAGGCUAUUGUCACUCGUAUUACUGCUAUUGAAGAAAUGGCUGCUGUCACCAUCCUUUGUUCUGAUAAGACUGGUACUUUGACCUUGAACAAACUUAUUGUUGACAAGCCUACCAUCAAGUCCUAUGCUGAAUUCGACGGUGAUGAAAUCAUCAAAUUCUCUGCUUUCGCUUCUCGUACUGAAAACCAAGAUGCCAUCGAUUUCUGUAUUGUCAACUCUCUCCCUGAUCCAUCCAUGGCUCGUGGUGGUAUUGAAGAACUCGAAUUCAAGCCUUUCAACCCUGUUGUUAAGCGUACUGAAAUCACCUACAAGGAUAGUGAAGGAAAGGUGCUCCGUGUUACCAAGGGUAUGUCUCACACCAUCUUGGAUCUCUGCUCUCGUGAUAAGAAUGAAGAACAAAUCAAGGCUUUGAAUGAUGAUGUGGAUGAAUUCGCUCGUCGUGGUCUCCGUGCUCUUGCUGUUGCUGUUGAUGAAGUUCCCAGUGGUGAAGUUGAAGGUGAAGGUAAAGGUUUCCGUCUUAUUGGUCUUCUUCCUAUCUAUGAUCCUCCUCGUUCUGAUACCAAGGAAACCAUCGAUCGUGCUAUUGCUCUCGGUGUUCAAGUCAAGAUGAUCACUGGUGAUCAACUCGCUAUUGACUCUUAAGGAAGGUCCUCCUGCUGGUUCUGGUUAUACUGAUGUCG